AUGCCACGGCGCGACCCCAAGAAACCGAGUGACGAUGCGAAGAGUGUAGACGACGACGAAGUGGAAGGGAUUGAUGAUACCCAGGAAGACCAAGUGACUGCAUCCGCAGCAAGCAGUGAAGGAUUGAACGCGACAGAGGACGACGGCAACGGUGCGCCGAAUUCGACCGAAGGGGAUGCCCCCAAAGUCGCGUCCGACGAUGAAUCUGGAUCGAAAACUCCGCCAGCGAAGACGAUGCGUCGAGCUAAAGGGAAACGUCCCGCAUCUACUCCUGCAAAUGAGAGCGAUAACGAACACGACGUCGAACAGGAAAAGGCGACUCCUGGCGCUGAGGUUGAAGAAGGCAACGAGUCCACGCCUGCCCCAGCAGUCCCCCAGCGUCGCAGUGCACGUGCACACAAUCCUACCCCAUUGUACACGUCGCCAUCAGUGGCGGCUUCGAAACGAGACGCCGAGUCACCAGCUGAUACGUCCUCUCAAAGCAAAACACCAUCUGGUCGCCCGCCUCGUCCUACUAAACGAACGCUCAGUGUCCAUGCUGGCAAGCCUCAACCUCAAUCGAAGAAAACAGUCAAGCAAGUCGACACUGAAGCCAACGACGACGACGACGAGGGUGAAUUCAUGCUAUACGAGGCUGUUAAGUCGGGCUCGGCGAAUAUGGCGACCCUGGUGCGCGAGUGGCGCAGCCGCUUCGAGGCGAGUGCAGACGCCGCGUCCCGCGAACUGAUCAACUUCAUCAUGAACGCAUGUGGGUCCACGUCGAUCUGCGUCGAAGAACAAGACGACUUGGACGAGCUCGACUUGAUGUCGUUCGUCGACACGGUGGUUGUGAGUUUGCAGGCGUCCAAUCAGUUGGUGUACCCACUCGCGUCCAAGGUCAAGGGAUUUCGGAAAUUCAAAGACUCGUUUGCCACGUUUUGGGGACAAUGGAUUGAAGAGUGCUGGGACAGCGACCUCAUUCACAACACGGACAUCGUCGAGAAGGUCGUGGACUGGCUCAACUCUCUUUCGAGCUCGGAAGUCCGCGCCAUCCGGCACACGACAACAUUUGCUGCGUACGCGAUCGGCAACGCGUUGGUCGCCCGCGCCCGCCAACUCACCGACCAACUGGUCCCGAUCAACCGGCAAUGUGCCGCAGUUGCCGACACAUCCAAGACGCCGAAGUCGUCCAAGAAGAACAACCCCAAGCUGGCGCGACUGCUCGAGCUCAAAGGCACGUACGACGAGCAGCUGGCCAACACCCAGACGUACUUGACGUCGUUGUUCAAUGGCGUGGUGGUACACCGGUACCGCGACACGAUGCCAGAGCUCCGCCUCGAGUCUGUGCAAACUCUGGGCCAUUGGAUUCAUACGCUCCCGGAAGAGUUUCUCGUCGACAAUUACCUCAAGUUUCUGGGCUGGAUGCUCAACGACAAGUCGGCCAAAGUGCGCGUCGCGGUCGUGAAUGCCCUCCAAACGAUCUACUCGCACGAAGACAAUGCCGACAAGUUGGCGCUGUUCACGUCUCGAUUCAUGCGACGAUACCUGGAAAUGUGCGACGACGUUGACGACGACGUGGUGCUGAGUAUCGUGGAGCUCAUCGCCAAGAUUGACCGACUGAACCUGCUGGACGGGGAAAGCGACUUGACGGUCGUGGAGCGCUUGGUGUUUGACGCAGACAGUCGCAUCCGUCGGUCGGCGGCAGAGUUCGUAUGCUUGCAGUACGACGCAUUUGGAGUGACCGACGACGACAUGACGGAGGCCCAGCUGAUCGUGCAGGCGGUGGCCCUGGUCGAGUUCGCAGAAGAAUACAACGACAAGGACAACGACGACAGCAUCGACUGGCUCGUGUCUGCGUUCUGGGAUAACGAAGAUUGCCAGGUGUUGUCCAACUGGCGACUGCUCACGGUGUUAUUGGGCUCGGACACGCACGAACCGUCGUUGUCAAGUCAUCAGCAGACACUCUUGAUUCGAUUGUUGACGGGCGUGGUGAAACAACUCGUGGCAGCCGGCGCGACGUCCAAGAAACCGCGCCAAAAAAGAGGCGACGAUUCGGAACCGAUGACAGUGUUCUUUUGCCGCGAAAUCCCGACGUUGAUGCUGCGGUUCCAGUCAGAGCCGGCCAAGUUGUGUCUGCUGCUGCAGCUGGUGUCGACGUUGGACUGGGACGACGCGACCAUCAUGAACCAGCACAAGAAGCACGUGGAGGACCUACUCGGGCGGCUGAAGCAUGCGUACUCGACGCACUCGGACGAGCGCUUCCUCGAGGAGCUGUCGCGCUGCAUCCAUGGCUUGACGGCAUCCAAGACGGCGCUGACCCGGCAAGCGGCCGUGCUCGAGCAGGAACUCAUGCGCGACGCCAUCGACCACACCACAGCGUUGCUGGCCCAAGACACGAAAACGAAAGACUCGGAGUUUGCCCUGCAAGCGUGGCUCGCGCGGCUCCACUUUCUCAGCGGGUACAUCAACGUGAAAGACGUCGAGGUCGUCGGGAAUGUCCCCGCGGCGCUCGUGGCCCUUGUGACGGAGCGCACCAACUUGCUCGACGUCGCCGGCCCCCGGCUGUCGUCGUCGUGUGUCCGGUACGCCGCCCACAUCCUGUUCAAGGAGUUUCUGUGGUCGUCGGUGCCGCUAUUCGAUGCGAUCGAAGACGUUUCUUCGCCCGUUGACGAUGCAUUGACCACUGCCAUGGAUGCGUUUGUAAAGCGCCGCGACGUCCUGGACGUCCUGCUGUUCCGCCUCCUCUCGGUGCACCUGAGUGAACCUGUGACGCCGUUCACCGACCACGUGCUCGACACCCCCGAGCUCGAGCUCACGGACGACCAGAUUCCGUACGUCAAUGGACUCCAUGAAACGGCGUUUUUGCUGCUGAGCGACUUGCGGUGUCUGUGCGCCCAGCGCUUCGAAGCUGCGGUCGCCCCCUUCAACCGCUUGGCCUACCAGCCGCACAAGAACUUGCUCAUGCUGUCGCAGGCAUACUACGAGCGCAUCAUGGAACAAGAAGACGAUGGAAACGACGGGGUCCGAGACAGGGUGGUCGUCGCGCUGGCGUGUACGUCCCUGUGCAACCCCCAAAACAAGCGGCAGGCGGCGUCCGUGCUCCAGCAAAUGACCAGCGAUGCAUUCCAGCCGCUUGUGAAGGCGUUCGGCAAGCGUCUGAUGGGCGUGUCAGUCGUCAAGUACUUGGAGAUCCAAAUGCUGUCGCUGCAGCAGUCGUUCGAGGAGGCUUCGUCCCCGACCGCUACCGUCGACUUGGCCAAAGUCCUCAACCAGAGUUUGGGCACAAAGGUCCCGGCGAGUGUUCGGGGCAGCUUGUUGAAAUUUAUGUCGGAAGGCUUACGGUACGGGCUAGAAACGCCUGAAAACGGCUCGUUUCUAGCUGCGUUAAAGCCGUACCUGGCCAGAUUGGACAAGGCUGGAACGAAGGCGCUGCACGGCCACUUUGUUAAACUUUUUGCCGCCAAACAAGGCGGGGACGACGAAGACAUCCGACUCGACCCGGCGGUGGCCGACAUGGAAGCGCUCUUGAGCGGGGAAAAGGACUUGGUCGUGGCGCCGCCCAAGCCAGCGGCGACGCUCAAGCGGGCUCGAGACAACUUGUCCGACGACGAAGGGACCAGCCCUCGGUGGACGACCACGACCCGUCGGUCGCGCAACCUGUCGGACGACGAAGCCGACGAAAACGACCCACGGGGCACGCCACCUCCCCAGUCGUUUGGCCGACAACAGUCCCCCAAGGCGCGCAAACCUCGGGCGGCGGCGAAACCAACCAGUGCAGCCAAAGAGAAGGACACGCAGGCAUUUAGCAACAAAGCACACGCGGCUGCUACGCCGACGCCAUCAAAGAAGGAAAGCGACGACGACAGCGACAACGACGCCGCCGCACAACCUUCGAAGCAACCGACCAAAACACCUCCGUCCAAGACUGCUAGCGGCAAGAAGAGCCACGUCACGCCGACACGACGGUCCACGCGCAGUAAAGUGGUGGUGGAUUUGAAUUAUGGCGAAGACAGUGACGAAGAGCCAUCGAGGAGUGCUCGCGAUGAACAAGAGGAAGAAUCAUCCCCUUCCCGCAAGCGAAAGCCCAUCGAUGAAAGUGCUACUGCGACAACGUCCAAGGACGAGGACGACAUUGCUCAAGGUGACGACGACGACGAAGUUGUAGGGUUCCGCCCCAAGCGAAGGAGGCAAUAG